AUGGAAGGGCGAGGACCUUACCGGAUCUACGACCCUGGGGGCGGUGCGCCUCCAGGAGAGUCAUCCGCAGCUUUUGAGCGCCUAGUGGAGGAGAAUUCCCGGCUGAAGGAAAAAAUGCAAGGGAUAAAGAUGUUAGGGGAGCUUUUGGAGGAGUCCCAGAUGGAGGCAUCCAGACUCCGGCAGAAGGCAGAGGAGCUGGUCAAGGAUACUGAGAUGCUCCAGCCAUCCUCUUCCUCUUUGGCCUCGUUUGACCACCUGGCUGAGCUCACAGGAAAGGAUACCAAUGUCCCAGCACCUCCCAUUGAUCCUGCAUAUGCCAGUGACAAGCCAGAGCCAGUCCCAAAACCUCCAUCAAGUGGUACUUCCUCUGAAUUUGAAGUGGUCCCUACUGAGAAGAAUUCUCCGACAGAGAGUGGUGGCAGCUCCAGGAACAUGAUGGAGCUGGGCCCCCUGCCCCAUGAGGACAGCAACCUGAUGCUGCACCUGCAGCGGCUGGAGACCACUCUGAGUGUCUGCGCUGAGGAGCCAGACCACAGCCAGCUCUUCACCCACUUGGGCCGCAUGGCCCUUGAGUUCAACCGGCUGGCCUCCAAGGUGCACAAGAAUGAGCAGCGCACCUCCAUCCUGCAGACCCUGUGUGAGCAGCUUCGGAAGGAGAAUGAGGUCCUGAAGGCCAAGCUGGACAAGGGCCUGGAACAAAGGGAUCAGGCCGCCGAGAGGCUUCGGGAGGAAAAUAUGGAGCUCAAGAAGUUGUUGAUGAGCAGCGGCAACAAAGAGAGUGCUUCUGGGCAGCCAGACUGCCCAAAGAUGGAAGGCACGGGGAAGAAGGUGGUGGCUAGCCAGCAGCAGGCUAGUGUGACAGCAGGCAAGAUGCCAGAGGUGAGCACUUUGGGUGCAGCUGAGAAGAAGGUAAAGAUGCUGGAGCAGCAGCGCAGUGAGCUACUUGAAGUGAACAAGCAAUGGGACCAGCAUUUCAGGUCCAUGAAGCAGCAGUAUGAGCAGAAGAUUACUGAGCUGCGCCAGAAGCUGGCCGAUGUGCAGAAGCAGGUAACUGACCAGGAGGCUGAGCGUGAGCAGAAGCAGCGUGACUUUGACCGCAAGCUUCUCCUGGCCAAGUCCAAGAUUGAAAUGGAGGAGGCUGACAAGGAGAAGCUGGCAACAGAGGCCAGGGAGUUGCGCCAGAAAGUCAAGUACCUGCAGGACCAGCUGAGCCCACUCACUCGGCAAAGGGAGUACCAGGAAAAGGAGAUCCAGCGACUCAACAAGGCCCUGGAGGAGGCACUGAGCAUUCAGACUUCUCCAUCAUCUCCACCAGCAGCAUUUGGGAACCCAGAAGGAACAGGGGCCCUCCUGAGGAAGCAGGAGCUGGUCACUCAGAAUGAGUUGCUGAAACAGCAGGUGAAGAUCUUUGAGGAGGAUUUCCAGAGGGAGCGCAGUGAUCGAGAGCGCAUGAAUGAGGAGAAGGAAGAGCUGAAGAAGCAGGUGGAGAAACUGCAGGCCCAAGUCACCUUGUCGAAUGCUCAGAUAAAAGCAUUCAAAGAAGAGGAGAAGGUGAAAGAAGCCCUCAAACAGCAGAAGAGAAAAGCAAAGUCCUCGGGAGAGCGCUACCAUGUGGACCCCCACCCAGAACACCUCUGCGGGGCCUACCCCUAUGCCUACCCACCCAUGCCAGCCCUGGUGCCACACCACGGCUUUGAAGACUGGUCUCAGAUCCGCUACCCUCCACCCCCUAUGGCCAUGGAGCACCCACCUCCACUCCCCAACUCACGCUUCUUCCAUGUGCCAGAGUAUGCCUGGCAUUCACCUCGUGGAGGGAUACGGAAUCAGAGCUCCCAAGUGAUGGACCCAUCUACAGCCAGGCCUGCAGAGCUAGAGUCCACAAAAAGCGACCGAGAAGGCCCUCAGUGA